AUGUUGACCAGACCAUACAUACGUGGGUCUGGUGUAUGGUCAACAUACUUCAGCCACGUUAUUGUGACUCAUCACCUGCCUAUUGGACAGCAUGCGUGGCUCGCUGCACCGUAUGCUGCACCUUAUGCUGUACCCUAUGCUGCACUUUAUGCUGUACCUUAUGCUGUACCCUAUGCUGCACCUUAUGCUGCACCUUAUGCUGUACCCUAUGCUGCAUCUUAUGCUGUACCCUAUGCUGCACCUUAUGCUGUACCCUAUGCUGCACCUUAUGCUGUACCCUAUGCUGCACCUUAUGCUGUACCCUAUGCUGCACCCUAUGCUGCACCUUAUGCUGUACCCUAUGCUGCACCUUAUGCUGUACCCUAUGCUGCACCUUAUGCUGUACCCUAUGCUGCAUCUUAUGCUGUACCCUAUGCUGCACCUUAUGCUGUACCCUAUGCUGCACCAUAUGCCGUACCGCUGAUCGUACCGUGCGCCCAUCGACCAUGCCCUUUAAGACAGACUCAACAAAUCACAAGCAGUCAGUUCUACACGUCAAUGCCUGAGAUAAAAAGGUAUCCCACUGAAAAGGAUCACAGCAAAGUAGUUGUUGUGAAGGCAAAGGCUCCAUAUGUUGUGGUGGGACGGUCCGUCUAA